UUCUACUGCAUCACUCCACCUCUGAGAAUGUUUACUGAAUUACUGUCCACCUCUCAAGGUGCUUUCUUUAUCAUAUUCCUCCUUCUAUUCAAGUGGGUGUUUCUCCCACCUCUCUCUCUCUCUAGAGAUUGCUCUGGUGAGGAGAGAGAAAAUUAUGUAGGCCUAGGGAGAGAGCAUCUCGGGAAUGUUCCUUUCUCUCUCUACAUCUCUCUAGGGUUUGUUAAUCUAUUGGUCAGGAGACAGUGAUUCCCGGCCACCAUGUGGGCUGGGUCGGCGUAAAUGUCUUCCUUCUCUCUCUAGUUUUGUCUCCAUCACACUCUCUCUUCUCUCUUUUUCUCUCCUCUCUCUCUCUCUAGACGAGGAAGAGAAUCCAUUUCCAGUUACCUCCAUCAAUGACCCAAACAGUGUUUCUAUCACUAGGAAUUGUCUCUAUCAAGGGGUCUCUUUCUCUACCAAACGGUCACCUUCCUUCUCUCUCUUCUUCUCUCUAGACUCUUCUCUUGAGCUGGACCCCCUGUUAUUUAGUUGCCACCCAUCCAUCACAGUCCCUGCUCGAGUUGUGAUUUUGCAGACACUUUUGAUUAUGGAAGAAGGUCAGGGAUCAGAUUCAUGGCCAGGAUAUGUGGACUGGAGAAACAAACCAGCAAAGAGAUCAGUUCAUGGCGGUAUAUCCGCUGCUGCAUUCGUUUUAGUUGUGGAAGUUUUAGAGAACCUGGCUUUUUUGGCGAAUGCGAGCAAUUUGGUGUUAUAUUUGGUGAGAUUUAUGCAUUUCUCGCCCUCGAAAGCGGCGAAUGCAGUGACGAAUUUCAUGGGAACUGCUUUUCUUCUCGCUCUGCUCGGUGGCUUCUUAUCCGAUGCAUUCUUCACCACCUAUCUUAUAUACCUUAUCAGUGCACUCAUUGAGUUCCUGGGACUCGUCCUACUGACCAUCCAAGCUCACCUCCCCCACCUCCGGCCCACCUCCUGCGACCCAUCCCUCGAGCCCUGUCUCGAGCCCACCGGCUCAAAGGAGGCGAUCCUCUUCCUCGGCCUCUACCUCGUGGCCCUGGGGGUCGGUGGGAUCAAGGGCUCGCUGCCGAGCCAUGGUGCCGAGCAGUUCGAUCCAAGCACGCCACGGGGUCGGAAGCAACGGUCGUCUUUCUUCAACUACUAUGUGUUUUCUCUCUCUUGUGGUGGGUUGAUCGCUGUGACAUUUGUUGUUUGGUUGGAGGACAAUGAGGGUUGGGAGUGGGGGUUUGGGGUGUCCUCAGCGAGCAUGUUGCUGUCGAUUGUGGUGUUCUUGGUCGGGUCGACGUUAUAUCGCAACAAGGUACCCGAUGGAAGUCCACUCACCACGAUGGCCAAGGUCAUUCUUGCUUCCAUUUGCAAGGGCAACGGCUCCAAGACUGCUAGCAACGCUAUAGUGAGCGUGGCUACUAGCCCUCGAGAAUCAGAGAAAGCCAUUAAUGAAGAAAUGAAGACCAAAAUGAGUUCCUCUAUAGAAACCUCAACUUCUCUCACAGGUGAACUGAAAUUCUUGAAUCGAGCUGCGGCCGCAAGCCCUUCGGGCCACAAUCAGAGCCUAGUUUGUACAGUGCAAGAGGUAGAGGAGGUCAAACUAGUCAUAAAGAUCUUGCCUAUAUUCGCAUGCACGAUCAUCUUGAAUUGUUGUUUGGCCCAGCUCUCGACCUUCUCUGUGCAGCAGGCGGCCACCAUGGACACCAAGAUCGGCAAGCUAAAGGUACCCCCUGCAUCUCUGCCGGUGUUCCCAGUAGUCUUCAUCAUGAUCCUCGUGCCACUGUACGACCGUUUCUUUGUUCCCCUAGCAUCUCGAAUUACAGGCAUCGAGACAGGGGUCUCUCACCUCCAGCGGAUCGGUGCAGGACUUGUCUUAUCGAUCGUAGCCAUGGCCACCGCUGCAUUGGUUGAGACUAAAAGGAAACACUCUUGGGCUCGAGUUGGACAUCCAGAACCAGGAAACCCACCAUUACCUGACACGUUCCUCUGGAUAGCCUUCCAGUAUCUGUUUCUAGGUUCUGCAGACGUCUUCACCCUCGCAGGAUUACUGGAAUUUUUCUUCACAGAGGCCCCAAUGUCCAUGAGGUCGCUGGCUACAUCUCUGAGCUGGGCCUCAUUAGCCUUGGGCUACUACUUGAGCUCAGUGUUGGUGACCAUUGUGAACAAGGCAACAAGUAAGCAUGGCCAUGCACCAUGGCUCUCGGGCCGAACCCUAAACGAUUUCCACCUGGAGAGGUUUUAUUGGCUCAUGUGCGUCCUUAGUGCCCUCAAUUUCGUCCAUUAUCUAUUUUGGGCUGCCCGAUACAGAUACAGGUCCCAAAAGACACAUAACUCAUCGGACGUGCCUACACAAGAGUAGUACUAAGAUAGGUGACCUCUUGUCUAAGACAAUGGUAAUACUACUACUAAAAAGGGCCACCCAUAGGUAAGUCCUUGUAUCUUAAAGUCUUACCCACUAGAAGAGGGAUAAAUAAAAGAGACACAAAUGAAUGGUACACGAGCAUGGAAGAAGAGUAAUGACGCCUCACACGUGCAUAGGAAUAGUAAUGACGCCUCACGCAUGCGAAAGAGCUCUCUAGAGUUGUAAUUAAGAGGUGGCACGUGCUGCAAGCUUGAAGAAUACGGGCAUCUUAUAAAUUUUUCCUCUUUUUUUUUGUUAUUUGUGUUAAUUUGGAUGGCCCCAGUUAAACUGGCUCAUUUUGUGAUGCAUGUUGGUACUGUGUUACUGUGUAUUAUUAUGGUGAUGUAUGUGUAUCAUGAAUCAUUUAUAGAAUUAUGAAUAUAUCCGACAAAGUAUUUUACUUUUUC